AUGUACAGCCAGCAACAACUACCUCCGAUAGCAUAUGGCGAUGGGCCUCCGUAUAGUGAAGACGAAGAUUUACAUAGCCCCGUCGUCACCACCUCACGGCAUCGAAAGUAUAAGUCCGGCCACUCUAGUGAGAGCAGACCUGGCUCACGCCGACGCAAAGGGUCGGGUUUCGGUGACCCCGACAAUAACGGUGAUGCUGAGAAGGGUGUCUUGAUUGGUGUUAACGGAGAUGGAAGCGAGACAUAUUAUGUUAGAGACGAAGAUGCGGAUGAUGAUGGACCAGGAGGCGAGUACGUGACCUACCCAGCAGGGGAUGGCAGACGCUCAUACCACCCGGGUUUUGGUGACCAAGGCGGGGCUGGAGGUGCCGGUUUAGGUAACUCCGCCCAUAACCACGGAGCUUACGAUAGAGAUUUCGAGCUAGCCUCUGACGACGAUAUAUCAGACGACGAUGCGUGGAACGACCCUUCUAGAUACUCGCGAGAUUACCAAUUUACAAUUGUUUCUCCAGAUGAGGAGAUGCAUGGUAAAGCUGUUGCUCUCUUCGAUUUCACUCGCGAGCACGAAAACGAACUUCCUUUGAAAGAAGGCCAGGUAAUUCUGGUUUCUUAUCGCCAUGGCCAGGGAUGGCUCGUUGCUGAAGACCCGAGGACUGGAGAAAGUGGACUGGUUCCAGAGGAAUUUGUACGCCUUGUCAGGGAUAUCGAAGGCGGAUUGAAUUCUCUCAAUGGCGAUUUGAAUAUGAUCGACCCUAAUACUGCCGGAAGUGAAUCCGAACAAACACCGGUUGCCACCACUCUACCGGCCUCGCAAUUGAACGAUGCUCAUAUUAGUAGUGAUACUGCCGAUACGGAUGCACAAGUCCACGCCCCGGUUGAAAUCGAUACGACUGAUAGUGGAACACAAGAAGUGGAUAUACCAACUACACAAAGCAAAGAAACCGAAAAGGACAAAGCAAGAGAAAAGCAUCCUCCGGUCGUGUCGACCUUUUCAACGAGCAGCAAAGACCUAAAUCCCUACCCUUCACACCUACUUAGUGGUCAUCAGCAUAGCAGGUCCAUGCCUCCCCCGAUUGAACAUUCAGAAGCUCAGUUGGCCCGUUCCAACUCUGGUGCAACAAAAAGAACCAAGAGUGUGUCUAAACGAGCCUCUGAGUCGGCCUAA